AUGAAUUCCUCAUCCAAUUCUUUAUUUAUUGAACAAGCACAUCCGAAUCUACAACAACAGCAACAACAACGUAUUCCCUACAGACACCACAAUCCCAUCAUCAUUUCGGAACAAGACCGUCCAUCCGUAGAAGAGCAACAUGAUGAACCAACAAAUCCAAAACGAUUUUCUGUUGCUUCUGUAACAUCUUCAGUCGAUUUUGAAUCAUCCAUUCAACUUAAACCAUCGAUAUUUUCAAUUUCUGUUGAUUUAUUUAUAAUCACAUGUUCGUUAGGAUUGGCAAUUUGGGGAUUAGUUUAUUUUACAAAAUAUAUAAAUCUGCCGAAAGCAAGAGUGGGCAAUAAUUAUUUUUCGGAUCAUAUGGAAGCAACUGUUGUAAAUAAUUUAUUGAAUAAUAUUAAGCAAUUUUUGGAAAAGCCUCAAGAGUACUUGUCGCUACUACAUUCCAUACGGUGGACUGUAUUUGAAAAUCAAGCUUUGAAAAAUACUUUUAAUACUUCUUCAACAGCUUCUUGUAACUUUUCCGAUUUAAAUUCAUUGGUAUUUAAUAUUGUGGUAGUUGUAUCGGUGAGUGACCUUAUUGCAACCAUCUUGUCCAUUGCUUCCGUGGCUUUAGUUUUAAUUGCAUUGGUCAAUGCUGGAAGAAAAUUAUUUUGA